AUGGGCCAAAGACACAAUCGUCGCCGUACCCGCCCUCGCCCUCGCUCGAGCAAGCAAAAACAUCUCGAUCGAGACCUGCUCGGGUUGUUCUGUAACUCCAUCUCAGAUCCAUCAUCAGUCUUACCAGCAUCAAUCUGGAGGGCCCAGUCUCCAUCGCAAAAUCCUCACUCCGCCGCCGCGCACAACAGCUCUGUGUCGAUCUGCAAUCUUCCUGGCUCACCACACCUUCUCAACCCUGCCCCUAUCUGGCAUUCUGGGUUGACGGUAUGGCCGAUCCAUGAGGAAGCUCCGCAGCAGGUACCACUCAGCAGUGGUAUCGAGGCGCGGCAAUACCGCCUGUUUGGCGGGGAGCCGGGCGACGAUUUGAAUCUGUGCUAUCGUAUGCUGGAAUACUUUGACGGUCUAGACUAUAUUGACCCAUUGCGAUGCAUCACCAUGGGAGAUUGA